AUGAAUACAUUCUUCACUGCGUCCAGGCUUGGGCCCCCAAACGUCGCUCGAACCUUGCGACAGCAUUUUUCUCACAGCCCCAGAUCGCCCGCCGCAGCUCGAAAUCUUUCACAGACCACCGCAAGAGCCCAGCAUGCCACACCAUGGGAGGCAGCUCGCGCUGAAGCUGCAAAGAAGAAUCAGACUACAUUAUACUACGGACUCAGUGCAGGCAUACUGCUGCUCGCUCUCUCAUAUGCUUCCGUUCCUCUCUACAAAAUGAUCUGCCAACAAACCGGCUGGUCCGGUCAACCCGUUAAAGCCCACGACGGGGCUGGCGAUCCCGCAGUCCGACUAAGACCAGUCGAAGACCACCGUCGGCUACGAAUCACCUUCAACGGCUCCGUAUCUGACAUCCUUCCGUGGAAAUUCACGCCGCAACAGCGAGAAGUUCGCGUCCUCCCGGGCGAGACUGCCCUAGCAUUCUACACUGCCAAGAACAAGAGCGACGCAGACAUCAUCGGGGUGGCUACAUACUCUGUGACACCAGCACAAGUGGCACCAUACUUCAGCAAGAUCCAGUGCUUCUGUUUCGAAGAGCAAAGGCUCAACGCAGGCGAGACGGUCGAUAUGCCUGUGUUCUUCUUCAUUGACCCCGAGUUCGCAAAAGAUCCUACCAUGAAAGGCAUCGAUACCAUCACGCUGAGCUACACCUUUUUCAAAGCACGCUAUGACAAAAACGGAGUGCUCACAACCGUACCCAUGGCAAUGGCAGCGGCAUGA